GUGUGCAGCAUGCGCAAACGAGCACCCGUCGACUCGGAUUCGACCGACGAUGAUCAUCCGUCUAAUGUUGCUGCAGCUGUCCGAAAACGUCGCCAAAAGGCAAUCCUCACCGAUGACGACGACGGCAACGACAACGACGAGGAAGAGGAGGAGGAGAUGAAACGCACGCGCCAAAUCCCGGCUCAGACCAGCGGCAAUCCGCGCUCAGCAGCCGAUAGUGACUAUGAUGAUGAUGAUGAUGAUGAUUUGGCCGCAAGUAGCAGCAGUCGACCAGUGACGCGUGCACGCAACAAGAACGAGACUGGACGCGCUGCAGCGAAGCGUGCUGAUCCCCAAGAAAUGGCGCCAAAUAAGCGCGCCACAACGCGAGUCGUGAACAAUGGCCGAGCACAAGCCACUGCCGCUGCGACCGAGACGACGAACGCAGAUGCCAUUGCCCGUAGUCACGCUGCGGAGGCGACGCGCGGUCUGCGGGCGGAGGACUUUGCGUUUGCCUCGGCGUCGUCGGAUGAUGACGACGAAGAAGACGAGCCGUCGACGCCCAAGCGGAGCCAGCGCGGAUCGCCAAGACACUCGCCAAGACACUCACCAGGAUCAUCGCAGUCGAGAUCAUCGCAGAGUCGCUUGCCGAGCUCAAGCGGGCGAGCCGUUCACACGAAAACAGUCACGUCGUUCGUGCCAAUGUUCAACUCGUACAAUCGCGAGCGGGAGGACCGCGAGGAUGCAAGCGAUGUCGACUUUAUUGUCAGCGACGAGAGCGACGAGGAUGGCUCAGGCAGUGACAAUCAUGCAAGCAGUGAGAGUUCGGGCGAGGGCGAUGCACAAGGUUCGAGUCCCAACGACGACGGCGACGACGAAUCACCGCCCACAAAGCGGCGCGGCAAGCCUGUCGCACGGCGAGUCACUGUCCCUAAGAACGUGGACAAUCGCACGAGAGAGGACGAUGAGGCGGCGAGCGAUGACAGCUCGAGCCAAACUGAUGAGAGCCGCCAAGAACCCGCUCCAGUUCGUUCCGGCGCUCGGCGGCGGCGCGCAUCACAGCAAGACCAUAGCGUUGCCUCACAAGAGCCUUCCAAGACGAAAGAGCACCCACCGGAAUUCUCUCCCGUCGUUCGUCGAAAACGUGUCAUCCUUGACGACGAUGAUGAGGAUGCUGGUGCCGAUGGCAAUGAGAACGGCAAUCCCGCAAUGUUGGACACCCCGACAACCGAAUCUAGUAAGCGCAAUCGGCACGGUACGCCUGCGUCGACAGGCCGCUCUCAGUCGCCAACCGAGCUCUCGCCUGCCACUCGAGGAACCAAGCGCCCUCUGUCGCAGCAGCCAUCACAGCGCUCACACUCGGGGAGGGCAGCAUCGUUGCAUCGACAUCGCGAUGAUGAAAGGGCUGCCGCCCUUGCUCGAGUUGCAGCUCGGAAAGCGGGAACUUUGAGCGUAUUUGAAGCGUCAGCCCUCGCUCUGGUCGAGGAGGGCACUGUCAGCAAAACCCUCGGUCACGAUCCAAGCCUUGAGAUGGAUGCGAGCGAUGAUGAAGCUGAAGACGAUGAGGACGACGCCUUUGUCGUGAGCGACGACGAGGAAGUCCAAUCUGCCGAAGUCACCGAGUGCACGUGCGGCUCAAGUGCAGAUUACUCCGGGCUUAUGGUCUGCUGCACGGGACGAAUGUGCCGAAAAUGGCAGCAUGCAGCCUGUGUCAACAUCAUUGAUGAAGAUGACAUUCCUGACAACUACAAGUGCAUGCCAUGUCGCCUAACGGCGGCCGGGCUCUCCGCCAGUUUGGCAGAGCAACCGUCUCACGCAGCCAAACGAAGACGGAUUGUGGACGAUGGAUCCGAUGGAUCCGAUGACGACAAUCCGUCUGCAGCUCAGCCCAGUCAAUCUACGACGCCGCUGGAGCAACUUGAAUACCAUCAUAGCUUCCGCGCCGCUGGUGCCCGUUUGUACCGCGCCUGUCAGGCUGGAGACGUUGUCCGCGUCAAAAAGCUGCUUGAAUCGUCAAGUGUGCGUGACGCUCAUGCAAUCAACUACUUUGCUCACGAAGAAGCCAACAUGACCCCAUUCAUUGCCGCUGUCAGUGGAAAUCAUGUGGAAGUCGCUCGGCUAUUGCUUGACACUGCGCUUGUUCGGACCCAGUUGUGCACGCUCUCGAAUCAAACUGCGCUUCGAGUUGCCAUCAAGAGCGGCGAUUCCAGCAUGUGGGAGCUGCUGAGCUCGCGAACGUUGCGUGCGACUGAGGUGCACGACGACCUUCUGGACUUGGCGGCGGGUGCCCCCACCACCAUUCCUCUUCAACGUCUGCUCGAGCGACGAGGGCAAUCACCGGCCGCAGCGUCAUCCGGGACGUUGUCACAAAAGCCGCUGAACAAUCCCCAGGCUCGUACAUUGUGGAGACUGCUCCAAGUAGCGGCGGCCCAGGGAAGCUUGGCGUGCGUCGAAUUCUUGCUGGGAUUUCCCGAAGUGUGCACAGUCACCACCCACCUGUGGCAGGCGAGCGAGGCUGGCACGCUAGGCUCGCAGCUCGAUCGUGAGCAGCGCCGAAUGACAACGACGCUUUUGGCCGCGCAGAAAACGCACAGUCGCAACUGGCAGCGCGAUCAAGAGAGUAUCGAGGCGGCCUUGCCGUUCUUGACCGACCAAGCCCAGGCAUCCACGUCCAGCUCUAGCUCUGGGCGGCAUGCCGUGACAUUUUCAGAUUCGGGUGUUGUUACGGCAUCACAACCAGCCACAUCUCCCGUUCGGCGACUCGACGACCGCUCGAACAGGCGAGCUGCCGUUUCCUUGGCUUCCAUCCUCAAUGAACAGAGUCGCGCGUUGGGUGUGUUGGGUGGCCGCUCGCCUGCACCUGAUCGUGAGUUGCCGAACGCUGCCGUCAAUCGUCGCGUCAACCAGUCUCGCCAGCGCCUGGCGCCCCCGUCAGCCGCAUCACCGUCCUCUUCACCAAGCAAAGUGCAGCCAGUUCAGCGUGCGAUUCAGCCUCUCGCCGACACAGGACAUGUUAUUGUGCGGUUGGGCGACUCGGAUGAUGGCGAGACGCUCGUCCACCAGGCCGUCCUCUCUGGGCAAGUCAACGUGCUGACAGUCAUCUUGGAUGCCCUUCCCCCGCAGUUUUUGUUCUUUGCGGAUGACGAUGGCAUCACCCCCUUGUGGCUCGCCUGCUCCAUGGGUCAUUCGGACUGCGUGCAAGAGAUUGCCAGUCGGAUUAUGGCACAGCGUGCCGGACUUGAGCCGGACAUUGCCGAAGUCCAGUUUUCCACUUCCAACUAUCCCGCCUCGGUGGCGCUCGACUCUACCAAGGCGCUUUUACAUCCGCUGGUGUGUUGCGAUGUGCACGGCACGACCGCGUUGCAUUGUGCGGCCGCCAUUGGCUCCCUGCCCUGUGUCGAGACUCUUCUCUGCAGCGGGCAUCCAGUGUACUUGCUGGACGAGAACGGCUGGACGCCGCUCUUGUAUAGCGUUUUCAAAGAACGCAAAGACUGCAUCCGGCCGCUGAUGCGCGCCAUGCCCGCGCAGCUCAAGCUGCUGACGACGCUGAUCCAUCCCAAUAGUGGCAGCAGCAGUCAAUGGCGCGCAGCAAGACCGACGGAUGAUGCUGUAUAUGCGGCUACGCGAAAUCAGGCAGUGGUUGCUCGAUGUGUCACGAUGCUUGCCGAAGUGCCCGAGUACUAUGCCCUGAUUAAUGCGUUUGUGGCCAGCGAGUCUUCCCUGUUGGAUAGUACUUUGCAAUUCCUGGUCACGCGCUACCCGACAUGCUUGACGAUGGAGAACAAGCUCGCGUGGAUGUAUCGACAGCUCAAUCUUCGUCGGCCUGGUCAGAGCUGGCUGCUCAAGCUCGACCGCUCGCAUCUACUCGACAGCCUUUCAGAAGGCUGUCAUACCUUCCAGUCUGCGUUUGGUCUGCAAGUCUCAGUGCCCAAUGUGCAGUUCCGCGGCGAGCCGGCAACAGGUUGGGGACCGCGUCGUGAAAUGUUUGCUCUCCUGGCUGGAGAGGUCAUCCGGCCAGACUAUCAACUGUUCUCUGUGAUUGACAAGGGUCGCGAUGCAGCGGCGUCCUCGGCUCAGGCCGCCAACAACAAUGUGGACCAGGGACAGGACGGCGCAGCCAUUGUUCCAGUCUCUGCAUUCGCCCUGUCCAUGGACCCCAACGACAAGACUCUUCGGCAUCGACGCAUGUACUCCAUUGGAUUGGCCGUUGGAUAUGCAAUCGCGACCAAAGAGAACAUUCCAGCCACCUUCUCGUCUGCGUUUUGGAAGCUGGUUCUCGGCAAGCCGGUUGACUUGGACGAUCUGGACACGGUAGAUCCGGCAUUGUCCAAGAGUCUUUCGUGGCUUUUGAGCCAGGACAUUGCUGGGAUGGAGAACGAUUUGGCAAUGAUGUUUUCGGUGGACGUGGAAAUUCGUCUUCCAAACCCUACGAGUCGAGUGUGCGCCCCCACCACCAACGUUGCCGACGAGGUUGAAGGAUUGUCCGAUGAUUCCUUUGACUACGACCCAGACUGGGACUCUUCUUUGUCGGUCUCGGUGGUGGAGACCAAUCGCUCUAUAGUGCGUGUUAAUGGCAGCGGUGCGUCGUCAUCCGACCCUGUCCACAAUCCCGCCGACCCCUUCCCGGGGCACGCAAGUUUUGUGAACAACGCGGGCACCAUGCGCACUUUCAACUUGUGCCCCAAUGGAUCCCAGACCCUUGUCACGCAAGCCAACAAGCACGAGUUUGUUCGCGCGCGCGUGGACUUUGCCUUCAAAGGCCUCCGUGAGGCAGCGAGCGAGUUUGCCAGGGGUCUCUAUAGCAUCAUUCCGCACCCAAACUUGGCAGUGUUCUCAUCUGGCGAGCUUGCUCUGCUGGUCGCCGGAUCGUCGAACAUUGAUGUGGAUGAUUGGCAGCAACACACAAAGUACGGCGAUCAGCUGUCCGCCACGAUCAUUGAAUGGUUUUGGGCACUUGUUCGCGACUUGUCACAGAGCGAGCGCUCGCUACUGUUGCAGUUCUCGACUGGAAUGUGCCGCCUGCCGCCCGGUGGGUUUGCCAAUCUCUCUGCCAUGCACUCGCAAGGCGGUCAGUUUACCCUGUCUUCAUUGCCCGAGGAUGGUAGUCAUUUACCUCGCGCAGCCACCUGCUUUAAUCUGCUACAACUGCCGGCGUACACGAGUGAGACUGAAUUGCGACAAAAAGUCUUGAUUGCGAUUCGUCACGGGUGUGGCGGUUUUACGUUUGGCUGAGCUUUUUUCUUCUCUGUCAUCUUGUCGUUUUGAUUUGUUUGUUAAUUUAUUUUGUGCUGUGCUGUUUUAUUUAUUUCCUCUGUUGUUUGAAAUAAACAAG